CAUACUAAUAAUAGCGAAAGCGAAAGUAGGAAUACAUUCUGUUGCCUGUCAAUGUUACGAUCUUUAGAGAUUCGCUCUGACCUUCGACAUCUUCUAAACGUCAACAGCCUGAAGGGUUUGCGCGGUAAGAUUAACGUUUUCCGUGUCUGUAGCCUAUGUUUUGUUUUUCUGAAUACAUAUUCUUAAUUGUUGCCCGUUGAUAUUGGUUUAUAAUUGUGCGUUUACCGAUUAAACCACGAGUCCACGACGGUCACUGUCAAGCACUCGUGAUAAUAAAAUAAAAAAUAUAUUUUGAAAUGUUAUGCCAUUGGGCUUUAUGUUGGAAAUGUUACUGUGUUCGAAAAGCUUAGCCUGCCUACAGUUGAGUACAUGGAGUUGAGAAAAACUCGGAUUGUCUACAGGCGGUUGUUGUGAGUUGUUUGCCACUGACAAAACCAUAAUGGGUACUGUUAGGCUAUGCUUCACGAGGGGUAGAUUUGUGAGGUAUUAGUCAUGUUUCUUUGCUUAGGGCUAAUAGUACCCUUAAAAUACAUGGUGGACUUUCCCUUGUCGAACAAGCUAUAUGACCCCUUUAUCUAUUUGCGUAGUGAAAGUUCUGAGUCCUGCAAAUGCAUGUUAUGUUUCCUUUUGUGUUAUCAAACAUUUUGGCGCUUUCUCCAUGUCAAGUAUACCAAAUGGAAUUGUUUGUUCGUUUUUGUCCCUAAACCACAAACAAGUUAAGUGCUGAGUUCAUAAACUGAAUUAUAGUUAUAGAACUUCCUUCUCCUUUACUUCCCCUUUAACACAUAUGGAAUCAUGUAGUAACCAAAAAAGUGUUAAACAAAUCAAAAUAUAUUUUAUAUUUGAGAUUCUUCAAAUAGCCACCCUUUGCCUUGAUGACAGCUUUGCACACUCUUGGCAUUCUCUCAACCAGCUUCAUGAGGUAGUCACCUGGAAUGCAUUUCAAUUAACAGUUGUGCCUUGUUAAAAGUUAAUUUGUGUAAUUUCUUUCCUUCUUAAUGCAUUUGAGCCAGUCAGUUGUGUUGUGACAAGGUAGGGGUGGUAUACAGAAGAUAGCCCUAUUUGGUAAAAGACCAAGUCCAUAUUAUGGCAAGAACAGCUCAAAUAAGCAAAGAGGAAUGACAGUCUAUCAUUACUUUUAAGACUUGAAGGUCAGUCAAUCAGGAACAUUUCAAGAACAUUGAAAGUUUCUUCAAGUGCAGUCGCAAAAACCAUCAAGCGCUAUGAUGAAACUGGCUCUCAUGAGGACCACCACAGGAAAGGAAGACCCAGAGUUACCUCUGCUACAGAGUAUAAGUUCAUUAGAGUUACCAGCCUCAGAAAUUGCAGCCCAAAUAAAUGCUUCACAGAGUUCAAGUAACAGACACAUCUCAACAUCAACUGUUCAGAGGAGACUGUGUGAAUCAGGCCUUCAUGGUCGAAUUGCUGCAAAGAAACCACUACUAAAGGACACCAAUAAGAAGAAGAGACUUGCUUGGGCCAAGAAACACGAACAAUGGACAUUAGACCGGUGGAAAUGUGUCCUUUGGUCUGAUGAGUCCAAAUGUGAGAUUUUUGGUUCCAACUGCCGUGUCUUUGUGAGACGCAGAGUAGGAUGAUCCGCAUGUGUGGUUUCCACCGUGAAGCAUGGAGGAGGUGUGAUGGUGUGUCCUGAACAUCUCUAAAACUAAGAGCAUUGUAUUUGGUACAAAUUAUUCCCUAUGUUGUAGACCUCAGCUGAAUCUGGUAAUGAAUGGUGUGGCUGUUGAACAAGUUGAGGAGACUAAAUUACUUGGCUUUACCUUAGACUGUAAACUAUCAUGGUCAAAACAUAUAGAUUCAAUGGUUGUAAAGAUGGGGAGAGGUCUGUCUGUAAUAAAGAGAUGCUCUGAUUUUUUGACACCACACUCCAAAAAGCAUGUUCUGCAGGCUCUAGUUUUGUCUAAUCUUGAUUAUUGUCCAGUCCUGUGGUCCAGUGCUACAAGGAAAGACCUAGUUAAGCUGCAGCUGGCCCAAAACAGAGCGGCACGUCUUGCUCUUCAUUGUAAUCAGAGGGCUGAUAUAAAUACUAUGCAUGCCAGUCUCUCUUGGCUAAGAGUUGAGGAGAGACUGACUGCAUCACUUCUUCUUUUUAUAAGAAACAUUCAUGUGUUGAAAAUCCCAAAUUGUUUGCAUAGUCAAUUUACACAUAGCUCUGACACACACACACUUACCCCACCAGACAUGCCACCAGGGGUCUUUUCACAGUCCCCAAAUCCAGAACAAAUUCAAGAAAGCGUACAGUAUUAUAUAGAGCCAUUUUGCAUGGAACUCCGUUCCAUCUCAUAUUGCUCAAAUAAACAGCAAACCUGGUUUCAAAAAACAGAUAACACCUCACGGCACAACGCCUCUCCCCUAUUUGACCUAGAUAGUUUGUGUGUAUGUAUUGAUAUGUAGGCUACGUGUGCCUUUAAAAAAAAUAUGUAUGUAGUUCUUGUCUAUUAAUGUUUUGUGUGGACCCCAGGAAGAGUAGCUGCUGCUUUUGCAACAGCUAAUGGGGAUCCUAAUAAAAUACACCCAAAAAUAAAUCCGGUUUGAUUAACCUUUUUUUCUUCGGUGUGUGAAUCUGGGCCAGCGAUAGGCUACUUUGUUUUUACAAAGGAGCCGGUAAGCAAAUCCCCAAAAAUUAAAAGUGCCAGUAUGGUGUGCCGGACAGUUCCGGACAGUCAAGCACUGGUUAAGACAUAUUCAGCACUGGAUUAUAAUUAAUUUCUGUCUGGUUUCUGUUAGCAACUGUUUUAUGUUUAUUUUCGGAUGACAGUCCAGAGCCAUUGUGAGUGACAGGCAGUCUAAAGACCUACCUCACGCAGUCUAUAGUCUGACCUCAUACUGCUGUGACAAGUGUUGUCAUUGUACAUUUCUGUCUUCCUACUCAGGAAUCCAAAGAUGACUUCAGCUACCAGCUUGCUGUUUUUAGUGAUCCAUUUUGCCUGUAUCAGAGCUGGAAAUUCCUCUGAGAGUAAGUUGUGCCAUGAAUGCCAUGAUAAUGGUUAUAAAAUGUUAUAUACAAAAAUAGUUUUCAGAUGAUUGUUACCUUUCUCUGUGGUUUGGGAGAACUGUGUAUUAUUUUUUAAACCAAAAGUUCAAUAAGAUUGGUCACAUGAUAAAACUGACUACAAUAACAGUAAUUCUCUCUUGUAUUAAUGUCAAUUUUUUUCUCUGAUAUUUUACUAACAGCAUUUGUCAAACUGGAGUGUAAAACAGAAUACCAUGGGGUUUAUGGUCAGCAGUCAAUUCUAGAGUGCGUUGUCAAACCAGUGGUUGAGGAUGUGACCAUCAUAACGGUGACCUGGAAGAGAGUGGGAGCUGCUGCUGCUAAUUUGUUGGAAUACCAUAAAGAUAAAAUGGACCCAACCCCUGGGUUUAAAUUUGCUGAGCCAUCCUGGAACAAGAAGAAUAUGAAUGUGUCCUUGUUGUUGACAAAUACCAAGAUGGCCGACAAUGGGGAGUAUGAAUGCGAGGUGGAAACAGAAGUUGGGACUGCCAAAGCUACACCCAGACUCAGUGUCACAGGUGAGUCAUAGACCGUCUACAGUGUCAUUUUAGGAAAAUAUACAAAUUUUUCAACACCGGUUCAUGAAAGGAGCAAACUAAACAUGUGAGAUAUUCAGCCAAGCUUGGAGUGCAAUAGAAGAAUAGACAACUUUUUUUUUUUUAUGUGUCUCGGCUCAUAGGUUAUGAUGCCCAUACGCUGAAAUCCUUUGGAAAGUUCUAUUCAACUUCCAUUGUUGUCACACACACACACACACACACGUGCACACAACCAUACAACCACGAAGUCUUGCAUCGAGGAUAGAAUUGUGAAAUACAGUAGAACAUACUUUUAUUUUCUGAGAAAGCACUUCCAUACAGUCAUGAUACAAAGUUGAUAAGGAUGUUUAUUCUGUAAUAUUCUCAGGGGGAGUUCAGAUCUAUUUGUAGGUGUGUGAUUGGACAGCACAGCAGGAGCGUUGUUUACUUUCUGUUUCAGAAUGACAUUGCUCAAAUGGUACACAGUAGUACAACGUCCACCACUAGCCUCCAUAAUGCCAUUCUGCCCAUGGCAUGCAAUCAGUGUUUACAAAUAAUGUACACAGACUCGAUUAGAACAUGUGAGUGAUAAAAGAAAGGUCAUUCCAGUUUAUUAAAAUCACUCCCACUGUAAUCUCAUUCCAAGUUAUAAUCGUUGGAUUGACGUUGAAAAGGUGCAAAGUCCGUCUAGACAAUGUUUACCCACUGACGUUGUAUAACUACUGAUGUACCAAAUAGCACCCACAUGUAUAAUAUAAUUUCCCCUUACUCUCGCUCUCUUCCAGCUAAGUACAAAACUCCAACCAUGAGCUCCAUCCCUGACACCAACAUCCAAGAGAACACAGAUGUGACCAUUUUCUGCAACUCUACAGGCGGGCACCAGAAAGGGUUGAUCUGGUGGUUUGAUCAGUCUGGCAACAAUUGGACGCGCAGUGCUGAACUGGUGGCCAAAGAGACUGACGAUGGACUGUUUAGCCUCGCCAGUAAAUUCACAGUGUUGAAGGCAACAUCCAGUUACACGAACUACACGUGCAAAGUGCUCAAUGUCAAUGGAGCCCUGGAGGGGAAGGCAUCAUUUGAGAUCCAGUUUAUGUCCCGAGACUUAGGUAUGUUCUGCCAUGGCUGCUACCUAAUGGUAUGAAUAUGUUGGUGAUGUCAUCCUUUGUGAAAGCAGGGCCAAGUCCAAAACCUGCCAGUUUAUCUUAUUCCCUCAUCCUGACCCUGAUAAUUGUAAAACAAUUCAGCCUCAAUCUAGUCUACUUUUAUUAGCAUAGGUCUUUUUUACGACGUCUUUAUCAGAUUUCUGAACGCAAUAAAAGUCAGCCUUAUAAUGAGAGAACAACAUGUCACUGAGGAGUGGAGUAGAUACAAAGAAUUAUAACACUGCCCUAGGUCAGGCCAUAACAUGCUCCCGAUUCUGACUGAACACCUUCCUUGAAACUCGAACAACAGGAAAAUGUUUGUCUUUGUUUGGAUAAGAAACAAUAGAGCGCAAUAGUAAUGGCGUCUUUUUGAAGGCACUAACUCCACCACGGUUCGUUGGACAAAGCCUAUUGAGAAAAUGAAUGGAGUUUUUGUAGUGUUUUUGGAUAAACUGCAAAAAUAAGGUCUGUGGUAAACAUAGGCUUAUGAGAUCUUAUACGUUUUGUUCUAUGAGAUAAUCUUCAUCAGUUAACGUAACCUUUUGUGAAUUUUGAAGCAUUUAUGUAAUAUUAUUUUAAAAAACUACGAAAAUCCGGUGUUUCUAUGUCAAACGGUUUUGACAUAGAUUUGUUUUUACCAAUAAUCUCUCUGUGUGAUCCUGAUUUAGCCCACUGCAGUUAAAGGUUAUUAAGAUGCAUUUAGAUUAGAACAGAGCUCAAGUCUGUGUGUCUGAAAUGCCCUGAUUCUGACUUUGACCCAAGCAUAGCUAACCUUUUUCUCUUGACUUCAUAUGAAUUGCCUAUUUAUUUUGUAACUCCCAAUUUUUGUCAAUUUUGUCUGUCCAGGUAGGAAAGCUGACAACUUGGAUUCUGUGUCCACCCCCAAGUGGCUUGCCCCGGUUGUAGUCAUAGGAUCUCUGAUCGUUGGACUCCUUGCUGCGCUGCUGAUAUUUAGGAGGCGCUCCGCCCAACGUAAGUACAUGAAUUGUCAUACUCAUACAGUAGAGACUGUUGUGUGUGUAUAACUCCAUAAACAAAUAUCAUAUCAUGGAGCAUUGAUCAUGUAUCUGAUCAUGUAUCUGUUUGUCAUGCUAGCUGGUGCUAGAUUAACCUGUACAGAGGCCCUUCCUCUGCCAAGCCUGCAUGCUCUGGCAGCCAUCCAUUUUGGCUUUGCAUGGGGGAUUACACAACCUGUAAUGUUGUCUGGUAACUCAGCAUAUCGUUUAGAGUAGUCAAAUCAGUGGCAUGUAGUGGCAUACUAUUAACCAUGAAUAACAGUAUAGUUAAUACUUAACACAAUCCAUAAUACUAUUAUAAUAUAAUAUACACUGAGUAUACCUAACAUUAGGAACACCUUCCUAUUAUUGAGUUGCAAACUCCUUUUGCCCUCAGAACAGCCUCAAUUUGUCAGGGGAUGGCCUCUACAAGGUGUCGAUAGAGUUCCGCAGGGAUGCUGGCCCAUGUUGACUCCGAUGCUUCCCACAGUUGUGUCAAGUUGGCUGGUUGUCCUUUGGGUGGUGGACCAUUCUUGAUACACACGGGAAACUGUUGAGCGUGAAAAACCCAGUAGCUUUGCAGUUCUACAGUUGCGCCUGGUACCUACUACCAUACCCCAUUCAAAGGCACUUAAAUAUUUUGUCUUGCCCAUUCACCCUCUGAGUGGCACAUACACAAUCCAUGUCUCAAUUGUAUCAAGGCUUAAAUCUUGCUUUAACCUGUCUCCUCCCCUUCAUCUACACUGAUUGAAGUCGAUUUAAACAUCAAUAAGGGAUCAUAGCUUUCACCUGGAUUCACCUGGUCAGUCUAUGUCAUGGAAAGAGCAGGUGUCCUAAAUGAUUUGUAUACUCAGUGUAUAAUAUUAUAAUAAUACUAUUAUCUAUUAAUGGAUUAAGUACUAACUGCACUAGUAGGCUAUCUAUUGUUCAUCAACAUCGCUUUUGGUUUAAUUAUUAUCUUUUUUAUUUAAUUUGUUUUAAGAUAAAUUGUAAUAGUAGGUUUUGUGUCUUUUUUGACAGGAGCUCGAAGGAAGUCCACCUUGCCAUUAAUGAGUAUGUCCUUCUAUAUUCAGUAUUUAUUGAAAUAUUGAAUAGUUUAUAUUUAUUUAUCACUUUGGGUUUAUGGUUUCCCAUCUUUUCUAGACAGUUCACAGAAUUCCCUGUAAAAGCAAUACAUAUACUUUAUAAUGACCAACAUCAUAUUUUGACUAUUUGAUCAAAAUUAUAACUCAACAAAUUAUUACAUUUUCCAAAGCAAAAGCAAUACUCCAUAAUGCAUUCACAUAGCCUGAGUGCCAGUCUGUUUGGGCUAUCAUGCCAACUCCUUGUCACUCAUCGUCAUGCGUAAACAUCUUUGUCUUGACAAUGAGCUAUGGAGUUGGCAAGAGUAGUACAAACAGCUAUUUGACCAGGCUAACAUUCACAUGCUUUUGGUUUGUGAAACUAGCCACUCAGCCUUGGACAGUAAAACUGUGAAACAGUGGCCACUCACCCGGAACACAUGUCUGUCUGUUGUCACCCUUCCAAAUCUCCUCACUAACCACAUCCUCUCUCUGUUCCUCUUUACUGUAGCUCCAGAGGGAGAUACUUUGUUUGCAUUGGGCCCUUAUGUCUGAUAUGCUGUACACACAGUGUCUGUCCUAUCAGUCUAGGGCAGGUAUGGGGGCCUCCAGGGGCAAACAUGGGCCUGGUUUCUGGUCCCAGUCCAUCCCUGUAUCUGUCCCUGUAUAAUAUCUGAUAUGCUGUACACACAGUAUCUGUCUUAGCUAUUCUAUUAAACAUGACUACUAGGGUGAUUGAAUGUAAGUCAAAGGGAAGUGUUUCGUCCGUCACAAGUGGAGUAUAAAAUGGAGGCUUGAUGAUUACUAAUUGUUUACCAAACCAGUUGGCGAUGAUGAUGUCUCCGCUUUUGUACUGUUCUCAUGGGGAAAUCGUAAUAAUUGACUCACCCCUGUCCUAAUUAAGGUAGUUUAGCUGCGUGGCUGUGGUGAAGGGAGAUUAUUUAUUUGGGUCUUACUAUUAUGUAAUGUUGGGUGAAAUAUGGGCCUAUCUGCACUGUGAGGGAAGACUUGCUGUCUUGACUAACUUUUCUCUUUUGUUGUAGAAAUUCAUCACUAUACUUUAUUAACAAUAAAAGUUCUUACAGAGUUUUUGUUGAAUGAAGAUUUACUUUAUUGAAUUUCAAUAAAAGGAAGCUGGUCUGCAGAGUAGCCUAGCCUCCCCCGCCCUCUCUCCAUCUUAUAUAGUGCCCUCCACACACCCUAGCUGUAUAGUCCCUCCCUCUUAAGUUUCCCGCUCUUUUAUUACUCCGCCCACUCCCUUUGUCUAUGGUGGCGGCUAAAUUCGACUUUCAUUCAGUUCAGAAUCAAUAAUAAUACCAUCAAUCAAUCCCUUAUCUUGCAAAAACACUAAUGUUUAGUUUAAACUCUGUUUAAACUCUUGACCUGAAGACGGAUUGUUGGACAUGACAGGUCCCUAAAUCCUUGAAACAUACACAAACCCCCACACACACAGUGAAAUUAUCCAAUUAAGUUCCUGGCCCAAUAACAAAGAACUCUAACUCUAUGUUCGUGAUUAACCCAGUUUUAUCUUAUAGUCCACUAAAGAAUCUCCAUCACUUUCUGCCCAACUCUUAAUUCCACUGAAUGUUGGAGGAGGCAAUGCUCCUCUGGAGAUUUAAAUGUUAGAUGACUUUCCUCCACAUUAUGUCACAGAUCAGCUUCUCACUUGUUCUUGUCGGUUAUAGGUCACAGUGGCCAUCCAACAGACAGACAUCAUGAUGAGACAUACAGACAUCACGAUCACUGACUGUCUUUUUCUUUUUUAGGUGGCCACCAAACAGAAACCAGGCAUGAUGAAGAUGUUGAAGCAAAAGGUACUGUGUCCAUGUGUUCAAUCUACAAUUAAUAUAUCUAUAUUUAUAUUGUACAUCUAUAAUGAAUAUAUCUAUCUAAAGUAUAUUGUAUCUACAUCUACUGUAUUUAUAAUAGAGAUCUUUCUAUUCAGUAUCAUAGCUUCAUGGGGACAUGUUUUUUUAAAUUAUUGAUUAUCUUGUAGUUAACCUUGUAGUUAUCAUGUAGUUUACAUGCUGUCCUUGUUCCUUGUAAUGAUUAGUGGUGUCUCUCCUGUUUUUACUUUCUAUUAUUUUGUAACAAUAUGAUAUUUCUCUCUCAUUCUCUCCAUCUUUCUCUCUCUCGCCUUCUCUGUCUGUCUGUCUCUGUCGGUCUCUUUUUCUUUCACUCUCUUUCUCUUUCCCUCCCUCCCGCUCCCUCUCUCCAGGUCUAAACAGUGACAGUUCAUAGGAUCAGCAUUCCAGUCUCUAGUAACUGAUUCGUUAACUGGCAGUCUCUGGAAGGGACUGUUUCCUUGACAAUCAAUAAGGGGCUUGUCACCAUCACUAUCGUUUGAUGGACUGUUUCCUGUUAAGUGUCCGAUGACAGUCACUUUGGCACUCAGGUCAUUCUGAUUGAGGCAUUUGUUUCUUCUUAAUCUACUGAUAAUACCAGUCUUUAAGCACUGUGGUUGAUGACUGUGGUUGAUGAGUUUAAAAGCCUAACAUGAACGGUUCUAUACAGCAAUGUUUUUUUCAUGACUGAGCAAAUUUCAGGUCUGCUG